AUCUAAUUCAUCAACAAAGCCUCUCUCUCAAAUCCUAACAAAAACCAUCACUUCAAUCCAAAUUCUUGAGUGCAAAAUGGACAAUGUUUUCAUACACAAUCCUAACACAUGGAAAACUACACUUUGCCUUUUCCUCCUAAUCACAACUUUUUUGAUUUCCAACUCUGCAAGAAUCCUAGAUGAAUUUGACUCUCAACCACAAGCUAUAGGCAAUCUACCAGGACCUGGAGCUGCCAUUCCUUCAGCCACAACCAUACCACAGAUAAGCCCUAUUACCGCUUCGCCAAGUGCGAUAACACCUGCAGCCACUGCCACCACCACUACCACACCGGUUUCUGGUGGAGAUAUCAAUCCAGACCCUUUAGUCUCAGAAAAUGAAGCACCAGUUGUGGACAUCCCUCCAGUUGUGAGUCCUACCACAGAUGAAACACCAGAAGAACUUCCACAACCAGAAGCUGAAGUGCCACUUCCACCGCCAGAAGCUGAGGUACCACUCCCAGCUGUUCCUAAUGCAACGCCGGUUACAGCAAAGCCUAUAGCAAAAGAGCCGUCGUUUUCUUUCUUCAUGCAUGAUAUCCUUGGUGGAUCACAUCCAUCAGCAAGAGUGGUAGCAGGAAUUGUAGCAAACAGUGAUGUAACCGGCUUACCAUUCUCCAAGCUCAACAACAAUCUCUUCCCUAUUACUGGAGGAAUUCCAUUAGUUAACCCUAAACUCAAUGGCAUUGUCACAAACAACAAUCUCCCAAACCUUGUAGGUCUCAGUGCUGCUCAAUCCUCGACUGUAUUCAAAAACAGUGGCACAAGUAACACUGUUUCCGGAGGCAACAAUCAACCUUUUGUUUCGGCGGGUAAUCUUCCUGGUGGGUUUACAGUCCAGAAGCUUAUGUUUGGUUCUGUGACAGUAAUUGAUGACCAGUUAACAGAAGAGCAUGAGCUGGAUUCUUCUGUGAUAGGAAGAGCACAGGGGUUUUACUUGGCAAGCUCAUUGGAUGGUACUAGUAAGACCAUUGUGCUUACUGUUUUGGUGCAUGGGGCUGAGCAUCAUGAUGGAGCUGAUGACACUAUAAGUCUGUUUGGGAUUCAUAGGACGGCGUCGCCAGAAUCUGAGAUAGCAGUGAUUGGUGGGACUGGGAAGUAUGAGAAUGCUAGAGGAUAUGCUGCAAUUGAGAACCUACUGAAGGAGGACCAACACACCACAGAUGGGGCUGACACCAUCUUGCAUUUCAGUAUCUACCUCACUGAGUAGUGGCUACUGUGAUUGGUUUUCAUACUUGAAUUUGAAGUUUGAUUUGGCUUUGCUGUCUAAAAUUUAAAAUUUGCACUCCUUAAGUUAAUGUUCGAUUAAUGAAACAAGACUGAUCAUUCUGCUUCUUUUUUAAUUUUGUUGUCAUUUUUAGAUAAUGCCUAUUUGCAUUUUACAUUCUGUUUUUUCCCUCAUUGCUGCUACAUGCUGUAAGAACAUUCUGUUGUAAUACAAUAUUGCACAA